CUCAUCCGGCUCGCCCUCUGGCGGUCACCUUCAGAAGAUGGCGGCUCUGGUCGUAUCAAAAUUUGGCCGAAUUGGCCGAAAGCAGGUGACUCCAAUACUUGGUGUUGUCGGAAUCUGCAAACGUCACAAGUCACAUACAUUAACCAACUACAAGAGAGGAACUGGUGGACGGUCUUCCUUCAGUGGAACUGUCGCAACUGUCUUUGGAGCGUCUGGGUAUCUUGGAGGAGACAUAGUCAAUAGGCUGGGAAAGACUGGUUCCCAAGUGAUCGUCCCAUACCGAGCUGAUCCAUAUGAAGUUCAGAGGCUGAGACUCUGUGGUGAUUUAGGACAGAUUCUUUUCUAUCCUAUCCAUUUGCAAGAUGAAGCAGCUAUCAAGAGAUGCAUGAAGUACUCCAAUGUUGUGAUCAACCUGAUUGGUCGUGAGUGGGAGACAAAGAAUUUCAAAUUCGAUGAUGUUCAUGUGGACGGUGCACGCCUGAUUGCCAAGUGUGCCAGAGAGGCAGGAGUGGAGAAACUUCUUCACAUGUCAGCCCUGAACGCCAGCGAGAAUCCCCAGAAGAUCUACUUGAAGAAGGGCUCUCAGUUCCUCGCAUCCAAAGCACGCGGAGAAGAUGCCGUUCGAGAGGAGUUUCCCGACGCCAUUGUUUUCAGGCCGUCUGACAUUUUCGGCGGUUAUGACAAAUUUGUCACUUAUUAUGCUAAGUGGUGGAGAAGAAGUGGAAAUCGCAUCCCGAUGUGGAGGAAGGGAAUGGAAACAAUCAAACAGCCUGUUUUCAGAGGGGACGUAGCCACGGGCAUUGUUAAUGCCAUCCAGGACCCAGACGCUGUCGGCAAGACCUUUGAUAUCGUUGGGCCUCACCGAUACUAUCUUGGCGAUCUAGUUCAGUUCUUCUAUCGCUGCUUGAGGAACGACUACGCAAAGAUUUCGUUUAUGGAUCCAAUCUUCAGAGCCAAGGUCCGAUGGAUGACGUACGCCCCAGCCACUCCAAUCAUGACUUGGGAGAAAAUUGAACGGGAAUUCAUCACCGAUAUGACAAUGGAGAAUCCAACGCUAGAAGACCUUGGAGUCAAACUUACACGGAUAGAGGACCGAGCAAUUUUCGAUCUGAAGCCCAUGCGUCUUUACAACUAUUACGAAGAGAAAUUAGGAGAAUUUGCUCCACCCUCGUGGCCACCGGUCCUUGCAUGAUCGGUCUGGUGCCAUAGAACAAUAAUUCUUAGAGACUUCUGUGUGCUACAAUUAAAGGGGGGCUAUAGGCAGGAGCAAGGGGGUCUGAUUUGUGGUCUCCAUGUGACCAAUUUGCGCUGGAGGGGAGCUGGGUCUUCAUCGACUCUGUGAUGAAGAGUCUUGCAUCCUGUAUGAAUAGUGCUGAUAUGCUGCAGGAUCCUAAAGACCAGCCAUCUCCCCCAUUUUUUCUGUGGGAGUUAACACAGCUCCGAACUUAUUUAAAACAUGGACAAUUAUCAAAAUUCAACACCAGGGUACCCUUGAUCCUGAAUUGAUGUGUAAGAACCAUUUGUUUGAAUGGGCACUGAGGUAUUGUUAUUGUAAAUAAAUUUAUUGUGUAGAUUUAAGAAUUUGUUCAAU